AUGGAGUUUCGAAGGGGACGUUUGUUUUGAGAGUUUCGAGGCUGCUUGAACAACACAAUGGGGAACUGCAGAGCAUUUCUGAGCACAACGCUGCUCUUCUUGGUUUCCCGGGUGUAUCCGGUGUGCUGUGACAUAACGGACGGAAACACGGAGCACCUGAAGAGGGAGCACUCGCUGAUGAAGCCGUACCAAGGGGUCGGCAGCAGCGCCAGCAGCCAGUGGGACUUCUGGGGAAGCACGUUGGUGACGAGCUCGUACGUCCGACUCACUCCGGAUGAGAAGAGCAAGCAGGGAUCCAUCUGGAACACGGUGCCGUGCCACCUGAAGGACUGGGAGAUGCACGUGCAGUUCAAAGUGCACGGGUCGGGGAAGAAGAAUCUCCAUGGCGACGGCAUCGCCGUCUGGUACACGAAGGACCGGCUGCAUCCAGGCUCUGUGUUUGGGAACCAAGAUCAGUUUCUUGGCCUGGCUUUGUUUGUGGACACCUUCCGCAAUGACCUCCAUGGGAUGGAUCGCUCCUUCCCGUACAUCUCGGCCAUGGUGAACAACGGCUCGGUGAACUACGACCAUGGCAAAGACGGCCGGGCGUCGGAGCUCGGCGGCUGCUCGGCGGAGAUCCGGAACCGCGAGCACGACACGUACCUCGCCAUCCGCUACUCCAGAGGACGGCUCACCGUGAUGAUCGACGUGGAGGACAAGAACGAGUGGAAGGAGUGCAUCGACAUCGGGGGGGUUCGCCUGCCCACCGGCUAUUUCUUUGGAGCCUCCGCGGCCACGGGAGAUCUGUCUGAUAACCACGACAUCAUCUCCAUGAAGCUCUACCAGCUGAUGGUGGAACACACCCCCGAGGAGGAGAACCUGGACUGGACCAAGAUCGAGCCCAGCGUCAGCCUCCUCAAGUCCCCCAAAGACAACAUCGACGAUCCCACCGGAAACUUCCGCGGAACGCCGCUCACCGGCUGGAAGGUGUUCCUGCUGCUGCUGUGCGCCCUGCUGGGCAUCGUGGUGUGUGCCGUGGUCGGAGCCGUGGUGUUCCAGAAGAGGCAGGAGAGGAACAAGAGGUUCUACUGAGGAGGAGGAGGAGGAGGAGGAGCUUCUCAAGAGAGGCGUUGCUUCUGGAACAAACUGUUUCCAGAUGCAACGGAAGAUUUAAUGUGAAUUAUUUUCUUAAGAUUGUACAAAUUGUUUAUAUCUUUUUUGAAAGCACUGCGAUUGGAGGGAGGCGAUGAGGAGGCGAGCGAUAUGAUUGGAGGGAGGCGAUGAGGAGGCGAGCGAUGUGAUUGGAGGGAGGCGAUGAGGAGGCGAGCGAUGUGAUUGGCCCCCCGAUCGAUGCUGUAUCGGUUCUCCCGCGUACACGGUAGUUUCAGGGUUAGAAUAGACGUUUUGUAACCUAAAAGACAAGUAUCUCCUCACACACACACACGCACAGACACACACUUACACUCAGACACACGUCAGAUAAAAACAUUGUGAAUUUAUUGUGUAAACCACCAGAAACAUUCAAACUGAAGUCUAAAGUCUUUGUUCAACUCGUUCUUCCUUCUUUGUCACGUGAUUGGUCGCCAGCGUUUCUCUGACAUUGGACUCCGCCCACAUUCAAACUCAAUACGACUGUUGUUUGUUUAGUUUGUUUUCUUUUUGCUAUGAUGUGACUUUCCGCUUCAGCCCGUGUUCAUAAAGAGGGACGAGAGGAUUUCUCUCUCCGCGCCGCUGAGAAUACGUUGGAGCUCGUUUGGGAUUUUAAUCCCUCGCUCGGGUCGCUGAGGUCGGGUUGCUGCUCGCCAGCUUUGCUUUGGCUGUCUGGGAUUUUUAUUAUGAGAUUAUUUCUCAUCAAUUUGUUUUCAGAUUUAACCACUUGAGUCAAAUUCACCUGUCAGCACUUUGACGGCUUCGUCCCUAAUUUAAAAAUCAUGGAUAAUUUUUUUUUUUAUAUAUUGUAUAUAUAUACUUUAUAUAUAUAUAUAUAUUAUAUGUAUAUAUAAAUUGUUUUUUUAUAUAUAUAAAUGUAUAUAUUCUAUAUAUAAAAUCUAUACAUUAUAUUUAUAAUAUAUAUAAAUAUAUUAUUUUUAUAUAAAAAUAUAUAUUUUAUAUAUAUAUAUAAAUAUAUACUUUAUAUAUAUAUAUUCAUUUUAUAUAUAUUUAAUAUAUAUAUAUACUUUAUAUAUAUUCAUUUGAUAUAUAUUUAAUAUAUAUAUUUUAUAUAUGUAUAUAAAUGAUUAAAUAUACAUAUAUUCAGUAUUAAAUACCCCAACGUCGUUCUACAGGUGAUUUUUGCCCCUUUUUGUCUUUGGUUUGAUAAACAAUUUAAUGAUAAUCAGUUGUCAAAGUGAAGCUCCUCCCCCGUGUUGCCUUGGUGAUAAAGAGGCGGGACAAACGGGGACAUGUUGCAUCAUCACGUGUUAUGCUCUGACCAACGCCGCCUCCCCAACACGUGAAGCCACUCGACACGUUUCAAUACGUCUGAAGCUGCUUUCAGCUUUUUUCCUGCAGGUUUUUUUUUUUAAGCUGUUUGUUUUUUCAUCCAGAAUAUGCCUUUGUUGUUUUUCUAAAGUGAGUGUGUGUGUGUGUGUGUGUGUGUGUGUGUGUGCUGAAUUGUGACUUGAAUUAAGUCCCUCAUUAUAAUGAAUAUUGGAGUCUUGUAUGACCCGCUCCAUGAAACAAUGAUUUCACUCCAUCCACGAAUGAUUUCUUUCAACAUCAAGUGUUUAUUUUUUUUCCACUUCAUGAUGUUUUUUCCCUCUUUUUGGUUCAGAAAUGCUGAAAGUAAAAAAUAAGGAUUUGUCGUCCAACAACUUGUUGUCCCCGGUGUUCUCCUUCAGCUCUUCUAAUAUGAAGAAAUAUUUCAUAUUAACCAGGAUCAGAUCAGAAAAUAAACAAGUUGUCAUAAAUGAACACA